UUGGUCUCUCUGUAAUCUUUACUUCGGUCGUGCUUAUUGUUGAAUACUCUACAAAAGGCUAUUAGACUGCUUAUUCAACUCUUUUCCUUUUAUUGAUUGAUCGUCCUUUCGACCAUCAUCUCACUUGUCAGCCUUUGUCAAUCCCCAACAGCAACAACAGAAGUCCCAGAAUGACGACAAUAAUGGAAGAGAACAAAAUGUCUUUAGACAGCUUUCAAGAUCAAAGAAGUUUUGAACAACAAUCUUCACACAAAAUAAUAGAACCUUCCUCGAAGUUCAGCAGCACUAGUCGAGAGAAGAGGACAUCCUUCAAAAUAAAUUUCUGGUCAAAAUCUCCAAAUUCAGUUCUGUUAGUCUCUAUAGCUGUAUUUGAGGCCAUUAUUGUUAUUGCAUUAGAAGCUGCUAUUUUUUCCAAAUUCUAUCAUACCGAAUUCUCAAGGAAUAAUUUGGGAUUAGGUAUACCAGUUUACUUAAUGAUAUUUAUUUUCUCUCAAGUCUUUCAAGUCUUAAUUGCGUGGGAUGCUGUCCGUGCACAAAAUACCAUUCAAGUGAUCGCCUUUUUUCUAUUCAAUUUAUGUUGUUUUUGUUACGCACUAUUCCAGUUUAAACAAAUAGCAGAUGCAUUAGAUUCAAACGAUCCUGAUCUUGCACAACUAGCAACUUCUUUGACAUUCUUAAUCAACCGACUGUUAAUUGUGAUUGCAGUCAUUACUGGUAUUUGUCAGUUACUUUACAUCUAUGUUGGUGCAAGGCUAUAUCAAGAAUUUGGUUGGAAGAUUUAUAAAAAGAUUGGUGCAGAUCCAGAAAUCAGAAAUAUGUAUAGAUGUUAUCAGAUCAUAUUAACAAUACUGAAGAUCGAUUUCUUUUUCUUCUUGGGCUAUUCCAUUCAGUAUCUUGUGUUGGUGCUACGGUCGGGAGAUUAUGAAUUUGCAUUGACAAUAGUCGCUAUACCCUUAACGUGCUUGUUUUUAUUAUUAGCUGUAUAUGCUAUUAAGCAUGAAUCAAAAUAUCUGAUGUACUUGUUCUUCUUGGGUAUGUGCGCUGGUAUCGCUUACUUUAUCUUCAAGAUUUAUCGAAUUUACGAUCCCUCACAAAGAGAUAAAUACAAAUAUGUCAAUGAAACAUUAACUUUCUUUGCGAGUGUUUCGUUGGCUUUGGUCGUGUUGACUAUUAUUAACGCAUUUCUCUGUUAUCUGAAUUUUGGAAAAGGAUUGAAACCACAUUUAAAUUCCGACAACCAGAGAUCUUCGCUGCCACGGCAUUUGGCUGAGCGAACAUUGUCUUUGGAUUAGGUUCAAACAAAGCCGCGAAUCGCAGACAUCAUUAAUAUUUAAUAUUCAAUAUAUACUCUUCUCUAACUUCAUGCCUGGCUUCCUUUCUCUCCUUCUCUUUCUCCACACACCACAUCUCCGUUUUGUAAUAUAUUCUCCUUCCCUUCU